CUCGACUCGAUGAUUUGAAAACCGGCAGACCUGCGCGGGGGGGAAGUGAAAUAAAUUAGGCGGAAAUUACGUAUUUGGGCGGGAUUUUCAUGUUUGUUUACUAACAUGAAAGGACCCGUGGAAGUGUUGCCAGGGAAACCCUCGCCCUUGUUGAUAAUCGGAAGCUCAAAUCGUGUGACAUAUGCUACAGGAUUUCUCAAAAGUGUCGUUUGUGGGUACGUCAGAGUUAUCAAACAUGCGGAGUUUUUAAAAAAUAAGACUUUCCUGACGCAUUCAGGGAAAAGCCUGCCUUUGUCAUCGCAAGGCUUCCGCGCGACAUUACGUCAGUGGCCUUCGACGUCAUGUCGCACACCACGCGACAACUUGUAGACAAGAUGGCGACUGCGGUUAAACCCGAUGUGUAAGUUCAGAUACCGCUGUAGAAAAAGAGCAGAUGAAGCAUGCCUUGGCAGGAGGUAGUUGUACGGCUGGCUGCCUUCGCCACGGUCAUGUGAAGUGUGUGUGCGUGCGUGACUGUGAUGGACAAGUGUAAGCACGUGGGUCGACUGAGGCUCGCACAGGACCACUCGAUCCUGAAUCCGCAGAAAUGGCACUGCGUGGACUGCAAUACCACGGAGUCGGUGUGGGCGUGCCUCAGCUGCUCGCACGUGGCCUGCGGACGCUACAUCGAGGAGCACGCGCUGCAGCACUUCAAGGAGCAGCGCCACCCUCUGGCCUUGGAGGUGAACGAACUGUAUGUGUUCUGCUACCUGUGUGACGACUAUGUGCUGAACGACAACGCCACAGGAGACCUGAAGCUGCUGCGCGGCACACUGGGCGCCAUCAAGAGCCAACGCUAUGAGGUGACGACACGCAGCGGGCGCAUCCUACGCUCCGGCGCAGCCCAGCUGGAGCACGGAAAUGCACAGGAGCUGCAGCUGCGCGCGGAGGACCGCAUGUUUACGGCGCUGUGGCACCGACGGCGAGCGCUCAUGGGCCGCGUGUUCCGUACCUGGUUUGGCCACACGGAGCGCGGAAGGAGGUUCCUCGAGGAGGAGCGGCAGCGUGAGGAAGAGGAGGAGCGCAGAAGGGAGGCACGGGAGAGGAGACGAACACUCAAACGGCAGCUCCAGGAAGAGCUGGAGAGCGCGCCGCCGCGGAAGAGCAGCCGGAUCCGGAAGCAGAGCCAGAAAGCAGCGGCUGCCGCAUCCUUAACAGAAGGGAGACAAAUCCAACACACGCCAGCUCCGCCCUCUAAUGUUCGGACUCGAAAAGACAAAACGCUUCGGAGAAGGUCGGGCACCUCAGCCAAGACCAAACAGACUCGAGCGCCGCCUACCAAUUCUGGCGACUCCCCUAUUAAGAGGCGGCCCACGGUCACGCCUGGCGUGACGGGUUUAAGGAAUCUUGGCAACACAUGCUACAUGAACUCCAUACUGCAGGUUCUGAGUCACCUGCACGUGUUUAGGGAGUGUUUUCUGAGACUGGAUCUGAACCAGGCGCUGGAGCUGCUAGCAUCCGCCGUUAGCCGAAAGCUGGGGCUCUCGGUUCAGCAUGGCAGCCAGCCCAAAGCCGCCGGUCAGGGAUCCGGGCUCAGCGGGGGCGCCUCACGCUCACGCAGCAUGGAGCUCAUUCAACCCAAAGAGCCCAGCUCCAAACACAUCUCACUCUGCCAUGAGCUGCACACUCUGUUCCAGGUGAUGUGGUCAGGAAAGUGGGCUCUGGUGUCUCCGUUUGCGAUGCUGCACUCGGUCUGGCAGUUGAUCCCGGCGUUUCGAGGCUACGCGCAGCAGGACGCGCAGGAGUUCCUGUGCGAGCUCCUGGACAAAGUCCAACACGAGCUGGAGCGAACCGGAACUCUCACACCAGCCACCGUGCCGGCCAAUCAGAGACGCCUGAUCAAACAGGUGCUCAGCGUGGUCAAUACCAUCUUUCACGGCCAGCUACUCAGCCAGGUAAGGUGUUUGGCGUGUGAUCACCGCUCGAACACAGUGGAGCCUUUCUGGGAUCUGUCGUUAGAGUUUCCCGAGCGUUACCACAGCAACAGUAAGGAUGUCGCGCAGGUGCCGUGUAGGCUGACGGAGAUGCUGGCCAAGUUUACAGAGACGGAGGCUUUAGAAGGAGCCAUUUACGCCUGUGACCACUGCAACAAUAAACGGCGGCGUUUCUGCUCCAAGCAAGUGGUUCUGACAGAAGCUCAGAAGCAGCUGGUGGUCUACAAACUGCCUCAUGUCUUACGGCUACACCUUAAACGUUUCAGGUGGUCCGGUCGUAACCACAGGGAGAAGAUCGGCGUCCAUGUCAAGUUCGAGCAGGAGCUGAACAUGGAGCCCUACUGCUGCAAAGACUCUGCCUCCAACACAUCACUCCACCACCAACACUUCCUCUACCAGCUCUCUGCUGUCGUCAUGCAUCACGGCAAGGGCUUCGGCUCGGGACAUUACACCGCCUUCUGUUACAACACAGAGGGAGGAUUUUGGGUGCACUGUAACGACUCCAAGCUAAGCGUGUGCGCAGUGGAGGAGGUGUGCAAGGCUCAGGCCUACAUUCUGUUCUACACCCAGAGAAACUCUCAGGACAAAGGCAAAGCCAGCGACCUCUGACCCCUGCUUAACCAGCCAGUCAACCAGAGACGUUGUAUCGUACAUUCAUGUCAACAUGGGUUAAAGCCAGUCUGUGUGUAUAUCUGUAACGCUGCAUAAGCGUGACCCGCACUCAUGCCUUACCCAGACUGUUGGCAGUAGGCACUCUUGCUGUGUGUGUGUGAGAGUGUGAGAGAGAGUUAUCAGUCCUAGCCAGGAGCAUUAGUGCAGCUUGGAUCGCUACAUGAGAGGGAGGGUUUUAUUGUCUUGUUUCUCAGUGUGGACGACCACAAACCAAAGUAGAAAAAAACAAACACUGAAUGUUGGCUGUUCCCUGAUUUACCCUCCAAAGGGACAGAUGACAUGACUGUGAUAUCAUGAUUAUAGUGUGAGUGAGCGAGCGAGUGUGUGAGAGAGAGAGAGCGCGAGCGCGACUGACCAGGUUCCUUUACGUCCACAUAAAGUGCCCUGCCAUUCUUUUGAUCAGUUUAUUAAGGCUCUUCUAGUAUUACCAGCUCCUUUAGGAACGUGAUUUGAACAAUUCAGGAGUUUGUUUUCAGUCUGUUUAGACUUUCCAGAAUGUACUUUUAUAUGCUGAGUAUUUGGUUAAACAAGAUUUCCUUUUUUAUUUUUGUAAAAAAAAAAAAAAAAAAAAGUUAAUUUAGAGUGGGGAGAACAGGUUCACACCAGCAAACACAACAUAUGCUGUAUGUACAGUAUCCACCUGUGAGAGAGAGAGAGAGAGUGUGUGUGUGUGUGUGUGUGUGUGUGUGUGAGAAGCUGAUUGGGCUCAUUCUGUGACUGUCUUGUGGUUAGCAUAUUCUGGGUUUGUGAGAGAACUUUGGUAAUCUUGUGCUGAGUUCACACACUCUCGAGUCUGCCUCUUUCCUGUUGGUUCCAGUUUGAGUUGCGCCUCUCUUCAGCAGGUAUAGAUGUAUAACUAUGCAAAUUGUUACCUCAAUUUAUAGAGAAGUUUACCUCAAUAAAAUGAGACUAUUUUUGCAUUUUUCUAAAAUAGCAACGUUGCAGUGUCUUGUUCAGACUUUAACCGAUUUAAGCAUCAUUUCAUUGUGUUCUUGUUUAUUUUUAAUGGUGUUUAUUAUCCAUUACUCUUCAGUCUCCACAUUAUCCUGGUCAGGGUCAUGAUGGAUCCAGAGUCUAUGCCAGGAACACUGGCCAUGAUGCAGGGACAUACCCUGAAUUUGGCACCAGUCCAUCGCAGGGCAUCAUAUGUAUGUAUGUAUAUAUACACACAUACACACACACACACACUGUUUUUAUUUUUCAUUUUGGGGAGGUGGAGAAUGUGCAUAGAUGCUCCACACAGUAAGUAGGAUCAGGAUCAUACCAGAUAUCCUGGAGCUGUGAGGCAGCAACACUACCCACUGGAUCACAUGCUGACAGGCUAGCCAUCUAUAAUAGUCCUACAAUAAAAAUAAUGUACACCGAUCAACCGUAACAUUAAAUGUGAAUAACAUUGAUUAUCUCGUUACAGUGGCACCUGUGAAGGGGUGCGAUAUAUUAGACAAUAAGUGAACCGUCAGUUCUCAAAGUCGAUGAGCUAGAAGCAGGAAAAAUGGGCAAACAUAAGGAUUUGAGUGACUUUAACAAGGACCAGACUGAGAUGGCUAGACGAAUGGGUCAGAGCAUCUCUAAAACAGCAGGUCUUGUGGGGUGUUCCUGGUAUGCAGGGGUUAGUACCUACCAAAAGUAGUCCAAGGAAGGACAUGACAAAGAGUUCAAGGUGUUGACUUGGCGUCCAAAUUCCCCAGAUCUCAAUCCGAUCUAGCAUCUGUGGGACAUGCUAGUCAAACAAGUCUGAUCCAUGGAGGCUCCACCUCGCAACUUACAGUGCAGGAUCUGCUGCUAGCGUCUUGGUGACUGAUCCCACAGCACACCUUCAGAGGUCUUGUGGAGGCCAUGCCUCGACGGCUCGGAGCCGUCUUCGAGAACAAGGAGAACCUGUAUAAUAUUAGGCAGGUGGUUUUAAUGUUAUGGCUGAUCGGUGUAGUCACGUUACAGCUGAAUGUCUUUGGUUGCAAAAGUGUCAGGAAGAUGAGACGAGCAAAUUCAUAUCGGCUGAGAUUAAAUGCAGCAAAUAAGGAUGAAUGAAAAGUAUUCGUCAUAACUAUGAAGAAAUGUGAGAGAUCUCUAACACACUGUUGCACAUCAUUAUAAAUCGUUCUAAAUGCAGUAUCUGAAAAUAAACUAACGUUGGCCUUGUCAGUUUACAAUGAUCAGAGUUUGGAGGCAAGAAAAUGAACACGACAAGCAGAGCCAAUAACCAGUGUUCGUGUUUAUUUACAUAUUUAUAUUUAUUAUAUUUUACAACAAAUAUAUAUGGAGAAAAUGUUCCAAAUUAAAAUGACACAGGUUCUGCAGGUGUCAGUUAAAGGUCUCAGUUGAAUGCAAAUGUAGGAAACUUGAAGAUGCUUCAUCACUCAUCCACAGAAAACCACUCCAACCUUUUGAACCACUUCUCCAAAGAGGAGUAAAGAAGUCCCUCUAUGGGAAACUGUAAACUCUAUAGCCAAAAGUUUGUGGACACCUGACCAUGACACCCGUAUGUGCUUGUUGAACACCUCAUUCCAGAUUAAUUCCCAUGUAUACUGUUAUAAUAAGCUCCACUCUUCUAGUAAGGCUUUCCACUAGAUUUUGGAGCGUGAUUGUGGGGAUUUGUGAUCAUUCAGCUACAAGAGCAUUAGUGAGAUCAGGUACUGAGGAGGUCUGGGGUGCAGUUUAUCCCAAAGGUGUUCAAUAAGGUUAGGGUCAGGGUUCUGUGCAGAACACUCGAGUCCUUCCACUCCACCCUUAACAAACCACGUCUUCAUGGAGCUCGAUUUGUAUACAGGAGCAUUGUCAUGCUGGAACAGGUUUAUAUCUCUUAGUUCCAGUGAAGGGAAAUCCUAAUGGUACAGCAUACAAAUACAUCCUAUACAAUAGGGUGCCUCUACAUUUGUGGCAAAAGUUUGGGGACGGCCCAUGUACAGGUCAGGUGUCCACAAUCUUUUAGCCAUAUCUACUUAUUAAUGCCCUAAGUUAUGUUUACAUUGUUAGCAUCGGUUGAUCGUGAUGGGGAUAUAUGGCUGAUUCUUAAAAAUGAUCUAAAGUAGGCCUAUAUUUGUAGCAUUACCCAAAGCAAAUGGGAAUAUCUUGCAGCUUCAGCCACAAGUAAAAAUCUCAUUUUUGCUUUCACAUGAGCAAGGUGAGGCAUUCGUAGGCUGGUUUGAUCUCAAAUGAGAAUUCAUGGAAAACUAUGGCAAAAAAAAAAGGGGGGGGGGGGGUUUGAUUGAUGACUAAUCCAUCAACUACACCAAGCACGAAUGUUCAAUAGGCUUGUACACAUGACAGUAUGAAAUAAUUGAGUCUGGAAAGGAAAAAUGAUGAAAACAUGCACAGCGCUAGUAAAUAAAUAUAAGUAUUUAAUUGACUUACAAAAAAAAUUGAAAUGAAAACAUGAAUGCAUUUCAGAGAUAGUAUACAAAUACCAAAGCACCUUAUAUUUAAGUAGCAGAGUGCACAGAUUGCCUUUUUUUUGUUUUUUCUUUUCUUUCGUGAUCAUCAUGCCAUAAGAAGCUGAGCAGCCAUACUCUUUUCUCACCCCUUUAAUUAUUCCUUUUUUUAUUAUUAUUAUUAUUAUUAUUAUUAUUAUUUUGCUAGUCACUGAGUAGAAACGGAUAAAAGCAGCAGUUUUCAAUGCACUCAGAUUUUCACAUGCCUGAUCCACUAAAUCCAACAAGCCCUUUUAUCAAGUGAAUCAUAUAACUCUGGAUAAGAAAAAAAAAAUACCCAAAAAAGUAUGUUUACAAGACCGCCAGGACCCGAACUGAGAGCUGUUUACUGUCAGUAUCUAUUUCAUUUCACCUUAAUCAGGUAUAAAAAAAAAAAAAAACAUAGCUGGGCCUUGUUUCUCCAAAGCACUAUACUGUUAAAGAAUGUGCAAAGUGAUUCUUGCAUAGGGACGAGACCGUAGGUUGUGCAUCCGGAUAUGUGAUUUAAAAACAAAAA